UCGGCUGCACCGCCAGUAGUCGUCUUCCGUUCGCUCGACCGCAAAUAAGUCAAUUGCGGAUCCCAGCUGGCAAUCUUCCGAACAUUGUGAUUUAAAUUUCAUCGGGAGCAGUUUUUCGGUGGAAAACUUUUGAAGUGCACAGUUGACUGCAAAACUGUGCGAGGAAAAGCGUGAACUGAACUGAGCUGUGAUUUUUUUUUUGUUAGAGUUACGAGUUGCGAGUACUUCUCGGAAUCGAGGCUGUGCAGUGUGCAGUGCCGUGCAUCUUCAAAGGGAUAGUUGUAAUAAUCGUGAGCCGCAGAAGCAGUGCAUAUUGCACGGAUUCUUCUUAGUGACGACCGAAUAGAAAAGCUGAAAAGGCCAAGUUUCACGCGGAAUGGAAAAUUAAGCAGAAACAUGGAAAUUCCUCAGACCUGACAGAAGUUUGCCCAAGUGCGCUUUAUUAUUGCAACCGGUGUAAAGGUGAAGUUGAGGCUAAGCUGGGUACGCUCUGUGAGCGAAACUGCAUUGAAGAAAACAAAGGAAAAGUAUUUUGGUCCCAUGUGUGAACGAAAAAGUCUGUGAAUAAUCCACUCUACAUAAGUACACAUACGAGCAGCGGCAAAAGGUUAAAGCUGGCUACGAAGUUAAUCAGAAGAAAUAGCAGUGAGUGAGUGAUUCAUCGAGUUGGUGCACAACGAAAAAAAAUAAAGCGAACGAAUUCUGAGUUUCACAACGCCAAGCAAGAAAUGAAAAAUGGAGCAAUUUGAACAACUUCUAACGUGUUGCGUGUGUCUUGAUAGAUACCGCAAUCCGAAGCUUUUACCAUGUCAGCACUCGUUCUGCAUGGAGCCGUGCAUGGACGGCCUCAUCGACUACGUGAAGCGACAGGUAAAAUGUCCCGAGUGCCGUGCGGAGCACCGCAUCCCUUACCAGGGCGUGCAGGGCUUCCCGACCAACGUUACGCUGCAACGCUUCCUGGAGCUGCACAUCGAGAUAACCGGCGAACUGCCGGAUCCGACGUCUGGUCAAGUCAUGGAACGAUGCAACGUGUGCUCGGAAAAGGCCUACUGUGCGUCGUGCGUCCACUGCGACAAAAAGAUCUGUCCGGACUGUAAGGGAGCCCACAUGGACAUCCUGCGGCGGGAAAUCAAUCGCAUCAACAACCAGAUCCGACGUGGUUUGCACCGUCUCAAGGAGGUUCUCGCAGUAGUCGAAAAGAACGCCCAGAACUUGCAAAACAAUUGCGGCAGUGUGUCGGAGGAAAUCGACGAAAUCUCUCGCCGAUUGCAGAAGGCACUCAAGGACCGGACGGACUUUCUGCGUGGCGAAAUGGACAAAUAUAUAUCGACGGAGCUGAAGAACGUCAUUACCAUGAAGGAUAAUCUCGAACUGGAGAUUGCCAACAUCCAGAGCAAUUCCGACCUAGCCGAGAAGUUCAUGAACGAAGGUACGGUCGAAUGGGAUGACUGUGAACUGAUGGAUACCAAGGAAAUAUUUUUGCGAACGGUUGAUUUCAUUAGGAAUUUCGAUUGCGAAACCAUGGACUACAGUCGAAAGGUUCGAUUCAUCAUGAACAUUGACCCAAAUAAGCUGAUCAUGGAGGUUUCAUCCUACGCAGACCUGAAGCUGCCGACGGACUCGUCUGGGGCAUGCCAAAGCCAAAGUAUGCUUUUGCAGCCUUCGUCUGGGCCAGGGUUGAUGCGAUCGAAAAGUGAUCAUCGGUUAGCAGCUCAAUUCCGUCAACAAGAAGCUCAAGGAUGGAACCCAGACGAUGAACCCCUACUUGGUGGACGUAAGUUUGGAGAAAGACCGGUUAAACCCGUACAGGAGAAGGAGAAGUAUGGCAACGAAUCUCGGUAUGGUCGUGGAAACGAUUAUGACUAUGACGAUGAGUCGUCCACUAGGUCGAAAGGACGCUUCCGGUCAAGGUUUGCUCGUAGCCACCAGUUAGACAACGACUCCGACAAUGAGUCCAAACAGGUCCGUUUCAAUGAGAAGGAAGAAAACAAGUCGAAUAAGGUUUCUAGCACCGAGGAUGUUGCCAAGGGUCCGUUGAGUGGAAUAUUCCGUCUGAUGGAUUCGCCACGAGUGAUGAAGCGAUUGCAGGACUCUGAAAAGGGAAAGACUAAAAAAGCGUCGCCAGUGACAACUCCAACGGUGCCAAAGCCAGUAACCCCUACAUCCGUGAAGCCCAAAGUAACAACAUCACGGCAACUUUCUGAAGAUGAUGAAAUUGCUAAGAUCAAGAGGCAAAAUAAGGGUGCUUCAACGAGCUCAACGACUACGCCAACUCCGACACCCGUCUCCCCAGUCACUACCGAGCCGGAGCGUCCCGCUGCCGAACGUGUUUCUGCACUGAAAGCCCGCGUGACCGCAGCUGCAGCAGCCGCCGCCGCCAGUGAUGAAAGUGAUAGCUCACCUUCCUCGCCAACUCGGCGGUCGUCUCCGCAUGUAGAGGCCGAUAGUGAUCAGGAUGAUUCGGAACGUUCGAGCCAUUCGCGACAAUCGUCUGCCGUCAAGGCAAGUACACCUGCCCCGUCUCAGCAGAAGAAAACCACCCGUUCGGCCAGCAGCGAAUCGAGUGAGUCCAGCGAAUCGUCAAGCGCUUCCCCGGUCCCGACACCGACUCGCGUCGAGGAGUCACCUCGACCGAAAGCAUCGAUUCUGAAAAAUUCCGAACCAGUUCGCAAUACCGCUUCUCCAACCUCCAACAGCUCGUCACCGACGGAGAAGAAGCCUUUCCAGAGUCGAUUCCUGCCACAGACUCAAACGCAACAGCCUGAAAAGAAGGAAGAGAGCGAAAGCAGUAGCGAAGAGGAUACCUCUUCGGAAGAAGAAUCAUCCGACGAGGAAGAGGAAGAAGUCAAGCCCGCACCAAGACCAACGCCAACAGUCACUUCGUCGGCUUCAUCGCACCGAACUGAACAGCCAAGCUCUCCUCUGCUAAGUCGCGUGCAAGCCCGGGAAGCAGCAGCGGCCGACUCUCGGAAAAACUCCCGCGAGGAAACUCGCUCCAGUGGGUACUCCAGCCCGACCAGCUACCAUCGCAGUACGAACAACUACGAACGGGACGAGAGCCCCAAGUACGGAUCGCCCUCGGUCAGCUCCGCCUUGCGGUCCCGAACGACCGCUCAUGUGGAACCGGAACCGGAGAACAAAUACGGCAGCUCUGGAUACACCAGCCGGUUCCUGAACAAGAGCAAGAGCACGGCCGUGGUCGCCGACGAUGAUGCCGGAGACGAUUCCGAUAGCCGCCUCGGUGCGAACCGGAGCCGGUUUAGCGCAUUGGCCGACAGGAGGAACAGACUGGCCCGCAGCCGCUCGUCGCACAACUUCGGCAACGACGACGAAGAGGACGAACCGGUGUCGCCGACGACCUCGUCACCGUCCGCUUAUCUCGCUUCGAGAUACGGUGCCUCCUCAUCCCUCGCAUCGCAACCAGCCGACCUGUCCCGUAGCCGUUCCACCCACGCGCUCAAAUCCCGGGAACCAUCGCCGGAUCGCAACACCGGAGGAGACAAGGACGGUGCGGCCCUCAGCUCGUGGGCUCGCUACCUGAAGAACAAAUACGGCAACCGAUCCACCAAGGACAGCAAGGAUACACCGUCCAGCUCGUCGCACUCCACCACAUCCUCCUCCCUAGCCUCCCCGUCCACAUCGUCAUCCGCGUCGUCCUCGGCAGCCGCCCGGCGACUCAGUCUGGGCCUACCCCUGCGCCAGACGGACAUCCUCAGCUCCGAUGAUGAUUCAAAAAACGGGGUAGGCUCCCCCUACCUCUCCUACGGCAACAGCAGUAGUCGGUAUACCAGGGCAGCAGGUAUGUCCCCUAGGACGCAGUACCUGCAAAAGCGCCGACAGCUGUUCCAGAUAGGAGGUCGGGGCGAACCCAGUUCCUUCACGUGGCCCCGCGGCAUCGGUGGCCCGGACAAUAACAUCGUGGUCGCGGACUCUUCCAACCAUCGCGUCCAGGUGUUCGAUUCCAACGGUAUCUUCGUGAAAGAGUUUGGCCAGUACGGCAACGGUGACGGCGAGUUUGAUUGCCUCGCCGGUGUUGCCGUCAACCGUAUCGGACAGUUCAUCAUUGCCGACAGAUACAAUCAUCGUAUCCAGGUCCUGGAUCCGGCCGGACGCUUCCUGCGUUCGUUCGGCAGCCAAGGCACGGCCGAUGGCAAGUUCAAUUAUCCGUGGGGCAUCACCACCGAUGCCUUAGGUUUCAUCUAUGUUUGUGAUAAGGAAAAUCAUCGUAUUCAGGUGUUCCAAUCGGACGGCACCUUCAUUGGUAAAUUCGGUAGUGGUGGCAAGGAGGAAGGCCAGCUCGAACAUCCGCACUACAUCGCCGUCUCCAACACGAACCGUGUCAUCGUUUCCGACUCGAACAACCAUCGCAUUCAGAUUUUCGACGUCAACGGUCGUGUUCUAACAACAUUCGGUAGCGAAGGCUCGGAUGAAGGGCAGUUCAAAUUUCCAAGGGGUGUCGCCGUCGACGACCAGGGCUACAUCUGCGUGGCCGACUCCGGCAACAACCGCAUCCAAAUCUUCCACCCGGAUGGCAGCUUCCUGCGUGCGUUCGGUUCCUGGGGCUCCGGUGAUGCCGAGUUCAAGGGCCUCGAAGGGGUCGCCAUCAUGUCCAACGGGAACAUUCUUGUGUGCGAUCGGGAAAACCAUCGGGUGCAGGUGUUCUAAAAGUCUCCAGCUUGGAUAUUACGCACUAUUUUCGGGAUAAAUCCCCGCCAUUGAUCGCCUGUACGAAAGGAACGCGAUGAAAUCUUAAAACUUGUAAUCGAAAAAAAUAUGCGGGAAAGCAAUUCGUCACGAAACGGAAGAGACGGAAACCCGAGCGCAGCUCGGAAUGCCAAUUUCAGGCACCAGUUGUUCGAAAUUAUCGCUCGGAAUCGUGGCCAAAUCAAUUUCAUAAUUUACUUAUUCUAGUCCAAUGCUUUCGUAAUAAUUUCCUUAUCUGUUAUUAAUUUUCAGUCCUCUGUCUAUGAGACGUAGUUAUGUUGAUGUUGUUUUGGAAUUUUGCGCUGAUUGGUUCGAAGAUUUUUAUCCCCAAUGGAAAACUUGUAACGAUGCUCAUCAAUCAAAAAAUAGCGAACGAAGUGGAAAAUAGAAUAUUCAAUCUUGAAAAUGCAAAUGUCCUAGAAAGUAAUAAUAAAGAUUUUGAUUUUUUGUGUUUGAACAUCUAA